AUAUAUAUACAGUGUUAUCUUUAAAUAUGAUUAUUAAGCCAUGCGACUGGACUGUUGAUUAUUACUUGAACAAUGAGGAAAAUUGCAAUAAGAGUUUAGAGGAGUUAGAUAAAUUGCAAGAAAUUCCUUCGCUUAAUUAUGAAUCGCUUGAUAACUUUAGAGAUGGACAGCUUGUUCGCUUUCAAGGAAUGUUGCAAGAUAUGUACAAUCCCGAGUACUAUUUUAAGAAAUAUGAAGUUAUCGAUACAAAAACAGGUGAACGUAGUUCCAAAUGUGGUAUGUACAUAGACAGUGCCCGUUGUAAGCCUCAUGAACGAGUUUCAAUUGAUUCGUCAAAUAAUGAGAGUUCGGAAAGACAAACGUGGAUUGUUAUAUCGACUCCCGGAUUGAACGACUGGGCUAAAGGAAAUCAACCAUUAACAAAGCGUAUACGUACAUGUGGUAGAGAGCCAAGCACGAGUGAUUGUAAUAAAAGAGGUUUAAAUCAAACGGAUGAGCAAAUGGAUUGUUCGGAGCCGGUUAAAAAAAAGGAUAAAAAAAUUACUGAUAAUAAUACCAACGACGCCAGUGUUUUACAAUUAAAUGAAUCGACUCCUAUGAUAGUCUCUAAAGAUUACUUAUUAAACUUUCCCAUACCAAACGAGAAUGGAAAGGCUUGCAUUGUAAAAGUGUAUAAAGAAUAUCCCCAAAAAUUAAAUCAAAUAAUAGAUAUCGUGGGAUUUUUAUCUUUGGAUCCGAAUUUAGGGGAAACUGUCGAUUCCGAUGAGAUGUUAAGUGAUCUCGAAAGGCAAACCCAUCAUCCACCAGCUUCUAUAGUUCCACGAUUACAUGCGAUUAAAAUUGUCAACGAAAUCAGUGAAUAUUCUGAUAACUCCGGUAUAAUUUCAAUGGCCGAAGGGAUAAGGGGGGACUUACGAAUGAUACUGAGCCAACUACUUUUUGGUGAUGAAAUUGCAGCCGACUAUUUAAUAUGUCACUUGAUCUCUUCAGUUUACUUAAGAAAGGAUUAUUUAUGCCUUGGAAAUUUCUCUCUAAACAUUACUAACAUUCCAAAAGAAUAUGAAAAUUUUACAAAGGAUUUUUAUGAAAUUUUAAAGCAAAUUAUUGCGAAAAGUCAUUUUUUAAAUAUUACAUUGGAAACACUUAACGAGAUGAAUUUUGUACCCAAAAAAGAUUACGACUGUAAUAGAUUGACUACUGGUAUUCUACAGCUUAGUGAUAAUACUCAUUUGAUUAUAGACGAGACAAAUUUAACCACAGGUCAACUUACAGUAUGCGGAAGACAAAAUUAUGGUGCAAUGACCGACUUGACUAAAUUUCAGAAACUCGCAUACGAUUUUAAAUUUUAUAAUAUGAAUUACGAGACCGAUAUACCUGUUCUAAUCUUAUCAGAUGUUAAGUCUUUCAUACCGUGUGAAACUCAGAUUAUGCUAAAACCUGAUCCAGACUCGAUUAAUAUGUAUCCACGGAUCCUUGAAGCGGCGACGCAAUAUUUGAAAGACGAAGGGAGAUUGAAUAAUAUUCGACAGUAUGUAAAUACACUUAAAAAGGUGAAAUUUGAGAUUUCGGAUGAAACAACAAAUAUUAUUCAAGAUGACUUCGUCAAAUUGAGACAAAAUGAUGAAAAAUUCUCAGCGGAUAAUUUACAUUUAUUAAUGGUACUGUCCCGGUUAAUGUCCUUAUCGUAUGGCUUUAAAACAUUAACACCUGAAAUGUGGAAAAGAAGUUUGGAAAUGGAAAUGGAAAGGAAAAAUAGAUUAUUGAAGCGUAAUAGGAAUUAAGAACAAUUAGCGUGAGAUGUAUAUUAUUAACUUUGUAUUUAUUUUGUAUUUAUUUUUUGAUAAAUGUUUUAUUACUUGA